AUGAAGGUCUCUCUCGCUCUUCUCGUUCCUGUUGCUGGCGUCCUCGCCGCACCUACACCUCCCGGCAUUCCCAGUGAUUCCACUGCUCGCUCACUUCUGAGCGGUCUCACUGUCGCCGCUUCCACCAACACAGACACCUAUGACCGAGACCUCUUCCCUCACUGGGAGACCUAUGAGGGUGCCUGCAACACUCGUGAGUACGUCUUGAAAAGAGACGGAACAUCCGUUGUCACCAACUCGGCUUGCGCGGCUACUUCAGGCACUUGGAAGUCUCCCUAUGACGGCGCCACCUGGACACAGGCCAGCGACAUCGACAUUGAUCACAUGGUUCCGCUGAAGAAUGCUUGGAUUUCUGGAGCCGCUUCGUGGACUACCGCCAAGCGUACCCAGUUCGCCAAUGAUGUUACACGACCCCAGCUGUGGGCAGGCAAGUCAACCCAAACCCAAUGCUUUACGCAUCAAGAACAACAAGCUAACAUCAUCAUCAUCAUCAAAGUUACCGACAAUGUCAACCAGGCAAAGAGCGACAAGUCCCCUGAUUCUUGGAAGCCUCCUCUGACCAGCUUCUACUGCACCUACGCCAAGAGCUGGAUCCAGGUCAAGAGCUACUGGCAGUUGACUAUCACCAGCGCCGAGAAGACCGCUCUCGGUUCCAUGCUUGACUACUGUUAA